UAAUUUGACACUUCAACUUACUGCUCUCUCUCUGAGUCUAUUCAGUUACUCAGUCCCAUUCUCAGCGGCCGUGUGUGUAUGAGAGAGAGAGAGAGAGAGAGAGAGAGAGAGAGAGAGAGAGAGAGAGUGCGUGCGUGUGUGUGAGGAAGGGAAGAUAUCUGAAACAGAUAAGAGACGAGAAUUAUUACCGAGGACUUUCUGCCCCAGAUCGCACCCCGGAACAAAAAACUUGAAGUGCUGGAGUGUUUCACCUCCUGCGGUGUGGAUGGGUGGGGGGGUUCCUUGUGGUGAAAAAUCAAGGAUUAGAAACAAGACAGAACUCUCCAGUUUAAUGGCUGGCAGAUAGAGGCCAGACGGGGACAAUCAACAUGAACUCGAUUCCGUCGAUGGACAGACACAUUCAGCAGACCAAUGAUCGUCUGCAGUGUAUCAAGCAGCACCUACAAAAUCCAGCAAAUUUCCAAACAGCGGCGACCGAGCUGCUGGACUGGUGCGGAGACCCCCGAGCCUUCCAGCGCCCCUUCGAGCAAAGCCUGAUGGGAUGCCUAACGGUGGUCAGCCGCGUAGCAGCGCAGCAAGGCUUCGACUUGGACCUGGGCUAUCGGCUCCUGGCCGUCUGCGCUGCCAACAGGGACAAGUUCACUCCAAAAUCGGCAGCUCUGUUGUCUUCGUGGUGUGAGGAACUGGGACGGCUCCUCCUCCUCCGUCAUCAGAAGAACAGGCAGAACGAGCCACCGGGAAAAGUGCCCAUGCAGCCCCCGAUGAGCUCCAUGAAACCAGGCCUCUCGCAUGGAGAUGGUUCUUUCCCCUACGACUCAGUUCCCUGGCAGCAAAACACCAAUCAGCCUCCGGGUUCGGUGUCUGUGGUGACCACCGUCUGGGGGGUGACCAACACGUCACAGAGCCAGGUGUUAGGGAAUCCCAUGGCCAACAACAAUAAUCCCAUGAAUCCUGGGGCUAACCCUUUGACCUCAGGGAUGUCUGGUAGCAAUCCAGUUAUGAACUCUCCUCAGUUCACUGGCCCACAGCAGCAGUUCCCCAACAAAGGCAACUCAAACCAAGGUUACAUGCAGCAGGGUAUGUAUGGACGACCCAACUACCCUGGAGGUGGAGGUUACGGUGGCAAUUACCCAGGAGGACCAAAUGCUGGACCAGGUGGGAUAGGCAUCCCUCCGAACUCUCGUCCUCCGUCGGAUUUUACCCAACCUGCUGCUGCCGCUGCAGCCGCCGCUGUUGCCGCAGCAGCUGCAACCGCAACUGCCACCGCUACAGCAACUGUCGCAGCCCUGCAGGAGACUCAGAACAAGGACAUGAACCAGUACGGACCGAUGAGUUCCUCUUUCCAGAUGGGACCAAACCAGGCAUACAACAACCAGUUCAUUAAUCAGUCAGGACCCCGUGGUCCUCCAUCUUUACCUGGAAACAUGGGUGCAGGCAUGAAUGCAUCAAACAUUAGUGGCCCUCCAAUGGGAAUGAACCAACCUAGGGGCCAAGGCAUGGGGCCAUUUGGGGCCCAUGGCCAAAGGAUGCCCCAGCAUGGCUACGCUGGACCCCGGCCUCAAGGCAUGGGCAUGCAGAGCAUGAAAAGACCAUACCCAGGAGAGCCAAACUAUGGUGGGCAACAGUACGGACCAAACAACCAGUUUCCCAACCAGCAGGGGCAAUACCCCACUCCCAAUGGCUCAAGACCACUGCCGUCUCCCAGCUACCCUGGACAGAGGAUGCCAGGACAGCAGCUACAAGGCCAAUACCCUCCACAUGGCGGUCCUGUGGGCCAGUAUUAUAAGCAAGAGCCACCAUUCAAUGGCCAAACAAAUAACUUCUCUGGGAGUGGAUAUCAAUAUAAUCAGGCUAAUUUGAAUGGGCCUCCAAGACCGGUGGGCAACUACCCACACUCACCAGUGCCAGGUAACCCCACCCCACCAAUGACUCCGGGCAGUAACAUCCCUCCAUACCUGUCGCCAAACCAAGAUGUGAAGCCACCUUUCCCUCCAGACAUCAAACCAAAUAUCACCGCCCUUCCUCCACCUCCAGUCAGCCACAAUGAGGAACUACGACUGACGUUUCCUGUGCGGGACGGGGUUGUGUUAGAGCCCUUCAGGCUAGAACAUAACCUGGCUGUAAGCAACCACGUCUUCCACUUACGGCCCUCUGUGCACCAAACGCUCAUGUGGAGGUCAGACCUGGAGCUGCAGUUUAAAUGUUACCACCAUGAAGACCGUCAGAUGAACACUAACUGGCCGGCAUCGGUCCAAGUCAGCGUCAAUGCCACGCCACUCACAAUAGAGCGAGGCGACAACAAAACAUCGCACAAACCGUUGCACUUGAAACAUGUGUGCCAGCCGGGAAGGAACACGAUCCAGAUCACAGUGACCGCCUGCUGUUGUUCGCACUUGUUCGUGCUGCAGCUGGUGCAUAGGCCAUCAGUCCGCUCCGUCCUGCAGGGUCUCCUAAAGAAGAGGCUGCUGCCUGCAGAGCACUGCAUCACCAAAGUCAAGAGGAACUUCAGCAGCGUGGCAGCGUCGACAGGGAACGCCACGCUCAACGGGGAAGAUGGAGUUGAGCAAACAGCCAUCAAGGUUUCUCUCAAAUGUCCGAUCACUUUCCGACGAAUACAACUUCCAGCGAGGGGGCAUGACUGCAAACAUGUUCAGUGUUUUGAUUUGGAAUCAUAUCUACAACUGAACUGUGAGCGGGGAACGUGGCGAUGUCCAGUAUGCAAUAAAACAGCGUUGUUAGAAGGUCUGGAAGUUGACCAGUAUAUGUGGGGAAUACUGAAUGCCAUUCAAAACUCUGAGUUUGAGGAAGUCACAAUUGACCCAACAUGUAGCUGGCGACCUGUGGCGAUCAAAUCUGACAUCCACAUUAAGGAGGAUCCAGAUGGACCACUGGCAAAGAGGUUUAAGACGAUGAGUCCCAGUCAAAUGACCAUGCCCAACGUGAUGGAUAUGAUCGCUCAACUCGGCCCUGGACCGUCACCGUACCAGGCGAUGCCCUCGGGGCAAGGUGGCAACAGUAGCGAAUAUGGCAGCCAAGGCAACAAUUACCAAGGACAUGGGAACUUUGACUUCCCCCAUGGCGCUCCAGGUGGUACAUCAAUGAAUGACUUCAUGCACGGUCCUCAGCUGUCUCACCCACCUGACAUUCCAAGUAGCCUGAUGACGCAAGACAAACCCUUGUCCCACAACAUGCCUGACACAAUACCUCAUUCUGCCGGGCCUGACCAGAGCCACGGUCCGCUGCAGCAGAGCUUACAUCCAUCUCCGCACCCCGGGAGCCAAUCAGGGCAGCAGCUACACCACGGCGGCCCCCCUCAGCCCUCACGGCAAGCACCGCUGCCUCAGCAGCAGCAAGCACAGCAGCAACAGCCCACCGCCAACAACCAUCCCCACACCGACCUGGCCUUCAACCCCUCCAGCAGUUUGGACAGCCAAGCGGGGUCGGACAUGCCCGAGCCUUCGUUAGAUCUUCUCCCUGAGCUCGCUAACCCAGACGAACUUUUGUCGUAUUUGGAUCCUCCAGACCUCCCCAGCAAUAGCAACGAUGACCUUCUGUCGCUCUUUGAAAACAACUGAGAGGCUUUCAGACACCCACACACAUAAACUUGUAUCGAUCGCCUGAAGCUUCCCUGAGAAACCGUGACAGUUACUCAGUACUUGAUCAACACAAAGAUGCACUCCCUUUCUCUUCUUCCUCUUGUACAAUUUACAUUCGCCAGCGCAGAUUGACUGCAAAGAAUCUCAAAGAAACUCAAAAGACACAGCAGGAUUUGGUGGAGCUGCCACACCCCUCCACCUCCUGUUGUGACACCCUUGACUGUGCAGCUAUAGUUGAUUUUAUUUUUACACCACACACAUGUACGUGUGCUCACUAGUAACAUGUUGUAGCAUUUUUAAAAUACUUUUUUUUUUUUUUUCUUUUGAAGCUAAAAAAAUUAAAAAUGAACUCAUUGUAUAAAGCAGAAAAAUAACUGAAUAAACUGUGCUCUCUGGCCAGUGUGUGUUAUGUUUUGUAGUCUCAGAGGCCACAACUUCCUGGUGUCACUGCUCCAUUCCCUGACUGGUCUGGUUAGUCGCACUGUUUUGUCCUUCACCUAAAAGCACAAGAAAUUUUAGCACUGCAAAAAACGAAACAAAACAACAAAAACAACAAAAAUAUAUCUUUCCAAAAAGGAAUGAGAUCAGUUUUCUAUACAUUUGCUGCCAGCGUUUUAAAAAGAUUUUUGAAAGAGAUUGGCUUCCACUUCGCCUACAAUUGUGCUGUGUAUUUAUUUCAGUCUGUGAAAUCCAACUGAAGCAGGGAGUACUUGAAGCCUACAAUAACAGAAAGUAUGUACAUGAUGCCUGGUCAUGAUGCCUCUAUUACAAUGACUGAUUUGUUUCUUUAAAAAUAAAACAAUAGGUAAAAAGAAAGAUUGAAGUUCCUGCCAUGUUAUCUGCUUCCAUCUGCUCUGCAUGAGCCUUAUUUUCUGUAUUUUUGCAUCAUUUCACCUCUCCUUAAAUAAUGUGCUGUUGAGGUAGUCUUCAAAGUGCAUGUGUGCCAAGCCCUUUGUCAAAUAGUGUUUUUUCGCUUUGUCAAAUUUGUUUUGAUUUUAUUUAACACUAACAUUGAAGGUAUCAGUUGUACAUCUGUCAUGUAUCUGCUGGUUGUUCUUUAUUUUUAUUUUCCUUUGCUGCUGCAUAAUUACACUAUCCAUCGUUAUUUUUGAGAAACUGCUCACCAAAGCUAGAGGGAUGAGAAUGAAAAUGUUUGUGUUUGCUCGGUCCUGUGUAAAGCUGCGUGUGCAUGGGUGUGUCUCGAUAAGUUAGAAUAUCAUUGGAAAGUUUAUGUAUUUUACUAAUUCAUCUCAAAAUGUGUUUUAUUCUAUUGUUUCAUUACAUACAGGGUACUUUAGGCAUUUAUUUUUUAUGUUUUUGAACGAUAAAAAUCCCAAAUUACAUUUCACAGACAUGGAAUAAAGACGUGGUGACUUCAAAGAGUCUUAGCUUGGCUGUUUUUCCAAAUGGUUUUUAAUAUUAUGCUAUCUUUUAAUUUUGGCCUCAUUUAUAAACUAUGACUGGUUGUUUGUUGGCAUGUAAUCUUUGUUCUGUAUUUUUAUAGAAGCUUUACAUCUAUGCAGUUUUCUUGUGUUACAAGCAUUAAUUUUAAAUAUAUUAAUGGAAAGUUUUGUGGAAGAAUAAAGUCUGGUGGGAGAAAAAUGAAUCGUAUAAUAAAUUAGUUUCAUUUUUUAAGUUGAAUUACUAAAAUACAACAACUUUUUAAAAUAAAGUAAUGUUUAGAGACGCACAUGUAUGUUUGUGAGACUGUGUGUAUGCACGUAUGUUUGUGCACAGGUGAUGGCGAGACAAGCAAUGGUUUCUUCCAUCACUGCUGUGAUUUUCAAAGCAGUAUUGGUGUUAGCCUUUUUCAUUGUUGUUUUUGAUGUCAUGUUCAAGAAGAGUUGCUUUUCAGUAUGCAAAUGUAUUAUUUUUUAAGAAAUGCUAUUGUACUGUAAAUAUCAUUAUGUAUAUUUUUGUAUCAUCUUGAUAAUGUUUGUUGUCGUCCGACCUAACCGCACGCGCUCCCCAUCAGAGCACCAAACUUCUUCAGCAGUUUUAAACAUCUCAUAAGCUACACCAUAAUGCACGUCGUUCUCGUUUUCCGCCUUUGUGCCCACCUUCCCUGUGUCAGCUCAAGGUUGUUCUGCUCCACCUUUUGCCAUGUUCUCAGAUGUCAAACUCACGCUAAAGCAAUACUUUCUUUUCACACUUUGAUCCUAACUGAUCUCCGCUUCCUGCUAAUGAAUUUUAAGUAAACAUUUGUUCAGUGAUGGUGAUUUUAAAACAAAAGAGAUGUGAUAUCAGCUGGCAUUCAUUGUAAUUAUUGAUCUAUGUGAAUAUCAUGUUCUAAAUGUCAAUACAUGGUGGUAUUUUAAAGAUAUAUCACAACCAUAUUUUAAAGAAAUUCAUGAUAUUGUUUAUAUUUUGUUAUAGAAAAAUGUGGCUUUUUAAAAAAAAACAAAAAGCAUGAGACCAUUUACAUUUGUAUCCCCCUUUUGUUUGUUUUUUGUUUCUCUUUGGUAAAUUAUUUUGUACUGGUUUUAUUAUUGAUCUGUAAGGCUAGAAAUCCAAUUUCUUUCAGCUUAAUUUGAAUUUGAUAUUUUUUUUUAUUCUAUCCUUUCCAGCUCGGAGAGCAUUCACAUGUUUCAUAUCCAAAUAAUAAUGAGACACAAAAUUUAAAUGUAUGAAUCAAUCCGAUAAAUAUUUGUCAUCACCUCAUAAUUUCUUCUUACUUUCAAGUGAGUCAGUUCAGCAUUGCAGGCAGCAGGCCAAGUGUGCAGUUGCGCAAUCACAUUAAAGGGCCAUUUCUUUUGGGGGAUGUUGUUAAGAAAAAAAAUGUAUAAAAAGGAAAAAAUAAAUAAGAAACAAAAACAGAGCGGAAAGGGGCACGUUCACAAAUCUGGCCUUGAAAGGAUGCAGAAGGCAAGGCUUGUUAAAUGUCCCAAGGAUGUCUGUAUAUAUGUAAAUUAACAUAGAGACAAGUGAACAGAAAUGUAUUCAUUUUCCUUUGGGAAUGUGCAUUGUUUCUUCUGAAUAAUAUUAAUAAUAAUAAUUUAAAAAAAAAAAAGCUUGCAACACCUCUACUGGAAGUGGCUGACUAUGGAAAAUCAAACAUGUUAGUUUGUGUCGGUGGGUUAACUCGGCAUUUUGCCCCCCUUACUUUGUAAUAUACUUUCACCCUUUUCUGUUUGGGGGAACUGGAACAGCUAAGUUCUAAAUGUACUGUUUCGCCUAAGUGUUCUAGUUUCACAGGCAUACUCUGAGGUGCUAAAGCUGAAAAAAAAACAGAAUAAGGUUACAAACACAAACAGAAAAGCCACUCAGCAGUGCAGAAUGAUAAUGGUGAAAAGAAUGGGUUCUGAAGAUUGUAACCAAAAUCCAUAAUUUAUAAAAAAAAAAAUAAAAAUAAAAAAUUAUAUGAAGAUUUGGAAAAUGACAACAAUCUAAGGUGAUUCAUGCAAUGUGGCCAUUAUCUCUAUGUUUGUACAUUGUAUGUACAAUAAUUUCAUACUCCAAACUGGUCAGAAAAUAAUGGAACUAAUUGUGAUUUUUAGUCUUGCAGAAUUGUAUGUAGUUAGAUGUGACAGCCUAAUAUUUAUCUAAUAAAUAUGUAUUCAAAUGA